AUGAUUGUUUAUUGCUCUUUAUUAACAGGCUGUGGAAGCUUUGUAGCUAUACUUGUAUAUAUCAUAUUUCAAAGUGAACACUACGUGCAAUGGCAAGAUAAAGCUGUUCAAUCCGCCUUUUUUGUUGGAGCCGUUCUUUGCCUCGGUUUCUCUUGUCUUUUUCAUACGUUGUAUUGUCAUUCUGAGGCUAUUGGAAAACUUUUUAACAAGCUGGACUACUGUGGCAUUGCUGUCCUGACAAUGGGUUCAUUUGUCCCUUACCUAUAUUACUCAUUUUACUGUUCAUUUUGGCCCAAAAUCAUAUACCUCUUGCUCAUAAUUGCUCUUGGAACAGCUGCUAUAGUAGUCUCUAUGUUUGAUAAAUUUGCCAGUCCACCUUACAGACCUCUCCGCGCUGGAGUUUUUAUCGGGCUUGGAUUGUCUGGGCUGAUUCCAUGUAUACAUUACUGCUGGUUUGAAGGAUUUUGGUCGUCCGUGGAAAAUGCAUCCCUGGGCUGGCUUAUUCUCAUGGCCCUGUUAUAUAUCGGCGGCGCCAUUAUAUAUGCCGUUCGGAUACCCGAGCGCCUCUUUCCGGGGCGUUUUGAUCUUUGGGUGCCUACACAUUUUUUAAUCUUUAGCAGUGCUGGCUUUUCAAUUUCUAAUGCUUAUAAUAUUUGUACUUUUGGCCUAAAUAACAUUUUUAAAUGCUUUCAAAGCCAUCAGAUAUUUCAUGUAUUUGUGGUCGCAGCUGCUUUUGUACAUUACCAUGGGAUCGUAAAGAUUGCGGAUUUU